AGUUUCCUUCACAUCCCGAAACGACAUGACAUCUUUUGUACUCCCAGACACUGGCGUAUGAAUAAGACAUUAUCGUAUCACACCGUUGAAAAUGUAAUUUUCCGCACAUCGGGCACUAGUUACCCACAUCACAACUUACAAAAAGGACACCUUUAAGGAUCCGACUGCAGAGACUCGACUUUAAAAUCUGGUUCCAAUAGCCGGUGUGUCCUGAACUGAAAACGAGCGCUCCCGGGCUAACGCGGGAAACGCCGUACUGUUAGUUGAGUGUUUUCCAUAGAGUAGCCCUCACGCUAAUCCACACAUUUUCUGAUAUAAUCUCCACCAAGGCGACCCAGUUUUUAUUUUGGCGGUGUGGUUCUGACUCGUGGUGAUUUUUCCUCGGCUAACCCGCCUGUGCCUGGCUGUGCAGAGUCCGGACCGCCAGAACAGAACCAGUCCGGACAAAGCUGUUCAUUGUAUGUCGGUGCUGUUGCUGCUGCUGUUCGUUUGUUCCUGUAGCAACCGACCAACCCUUAGCUCCGCACAAAGAGGACAGCAACCAGAACAAAACUUGCUUAAGCACAGUUUUAAAACAUGGAUACUUUUCAGAAGGUGGAGAAAAUAGGAGAGGGGACGUAUGGAGUGGUUUAUAAAGCGAAGAACAAAGUCACCGGAGAAACUGUUGCUCUAAAGAAAAUCAGACUGGACACGUAAGUAAACGAGUAUUACAUCUGAACACACAGAGAGGGGCCAAAAUAAUGUUAUUGAGGUGCUUUUACUGUGAAUUAGAAAUACUAAAGCCGUUCCAGCUCAAACGUGGGGUCUUCAGGGUGUGACAGUGAAAUAAUAUUUGCACACAGCAGAAGAAAGGGUUAAGAAAAAGGAAGAAAAAAAAGUAAAAUAAAGAAGAGAAAUAAAUAAACAAAAAGAGGGAAAUUUAAGAUUAAAGGCAAUCUGAGAUAAUUAAAAAAAAAGAAAAAAAGUUUACUUUCUUUUUCUAUUUUUAUUUAUUAGUUCAAAAGAUCAGAGCAUGAUAUUAAAAACAAAAAUAAUGCUUUUAAAGAGCAAAUAUAUGAGGAGAACGUUGAAAUUAGGUUUAAAAGGUCAAAAUAUGACUUAAAAUUUAAUAUUGGAAUCUAAAGUAUAAAAAUGACACGUUUUAAUACUGAGUUAAACAAAAUCAAAGCAUGAAAUAAAAAAUCCAAUCAUGUUUGACUUGUAAUGUUGAAAUGCAAAAUUGAAAACAUAAAAAAAAAAACACCAAAUAUUUUUCCCCCCACAUUCUUGACUAUUUAUCAAAUCUUCCUUACUCUUUAAUUUCCCAGAUUUUUGUGGUUUAUUAAGGAUAUUUUACUUAAUUUCAGCAACGCUCUGACAAAUCCCUACACGGUAAAUGUAACUGUGUUUUUUGUUUGUUUUACUUCAGCCAGUCUUAGAAUGACAUUACGACUUGAGGAGUGACUGAUCCCUUCCUGAAUGGUUUUAUUUUAUCUUUAUCUUUUAUGUUGGACUGAAAUAUGACCACCAAAAAACUAGGAGACAAUGAGAUUUGACUUCUGUUAAUUAACAUUCACAAGGUGCAGUGAGUUUGCAUCACUGACCCAGUUUUUCAAUUAUUAUCUACGAUUUGUGUGAGGCACAUGAAAGCAAAAAAUACCGCUAUGCUUAUCUGUGUUGACUUUUAUAUUUACUGUAUCAGCAGCAAUCAACCAACCAGCCAUAACACUAUAAACACCUGAUCAAUAAACCAGACUAAUACAACACCUCUACCAUCAAUUCUACUUUUUUAAGCUUCUGCAGUUUCAGUUUUUUAUGAUAUGGUCAAACAGAUGAUGGCUGUGUUUGCAUUAAUUGUUCCUCAGAAAAAAUAUAAAGAGCACCUUUCAACAUAUCACACCUUAGUAAAUCACCACCACCCACUGCAUUUUCACUAAUUAAUAUAACAUACAACCACCACCUGUCUGAUCAUGCCAACAAAAGUUGAUUGUUUUGAAGUGCCUUUAAAUUUGUGGUAGAGCUGUAGUCUUAGAUUGCCCAGGUGUUCAUAUUAAAUUGGUUAGUCUGUGUAUAUAACUUGGACAUGUGGAUGUAUAGGAAUGAUCACCCUGGCCCCAAAACUUAAGUUGAUUUGUUUUUCUGUUAUUUUUUAAAUAAAUAAUUUGAUAAUGUUAAUGUUGGGGAAUCAUUUAAUGUUUCGAGACCAUAAAACAGGUGAAAGCAAAUUACAGAAAGGGUAAAUUUUGAUCAAUUCCAGUAACACACGCUUUUUUUCUCUAUACUUUUUGUUCAGGGAAACAGAGGGCGUACCAAGCACUGCCAUUCGAGAGAUUUCACUCCUCAAAGAGCUCAGCCACCCUAACAUUGUCAAGUAAGUUUCCAGUGUUGUGACUGUAUCAGCUAGAAAUGUCUUUGUACUUGUUCCGGUAUGUUUUGAAGACGACCUGCCUUUCUGCCUGUCAUCUGUUUCAGACUGCGAGAUGUCAUUCACACAGAAAACAAGCUUUACCUUGUGUUUGAGUUCCUUCAUCAGGAUCUGAAGAAGUUCAUGGACUCUUCCUCGGUCACUGGUAUUCCUCUGCCCUUGGUUAAGGUACAUCUCAGCUAAGUUUACUAAGCAGAUUUCUCAUGAUCUUUUUAUGAAACUAAGAAUAAAUUGACUCCCACUGAACUGAGUUACUUAACCUGGGUGCUUGUUUGUGUUUGUAUGUAGAGUUAUCUUUUCCAGCUGCUGCAAGGCUUGGCCUUCUGCCACUCCCACAGGGUUCUUCAUCGAGACUUGAAGCCUCAAAACCUCCUCAUCAAUGCCCAGGGGGAGAUCAAGCUCGCUGAUUUUGGUUUGGCAAGAGCUUUUGGGGUGCCUGUCCGCCCAUACACACAUGAGGUAAUGUGGACAACUGCUCCGUUCACGCCUCUUAACCAGCUUCUUGUGAAAUAAACAGAUGAAAGAGAAUUCACUGGCUAAAAGUAAAAAUUCAAUUCAAUUUCAAUUCAACUUCAUUUAUAUGGCACUUUUCAUACAAAAGGAGAUGCAAUUCAAAGUGCAUCACAGAGGCUAAAAACAACAAUAAAGACAAAAACCCAACCCUUCCACCCACCCACACACCCAAGGACCCACACGCAUACACACACACACCCACCCUCACUCACCCACACAUACACACACACACACACACACACACACAACCACACACAGUGUGAGAAUUUAAGAUAGCCUCUUCUUAAAAAUAUCAACAGUCUCUGUGGCCCUAAGGCUCUCCGGCAGGCUGUUCCACAACCGGAGACCAUAAAAACUGAAAGCCGCCUCCCCUUGUGUUUUUGUUUUGACUUUCGGUAAGGUUAAAAGGCCUGUGCCGGAGGACCUCAGGGUCCGCGAGGGUUGAUAUGGUAAAAGUAAAUCAGAUAAAUAGGAGGGGCCAAGACCAUUAAUACAUCUAAAAACUAAUGAAAGAAACUUAAAAUCAAUCCUGAAACAGUGUAUUUGUUCAUUCAUGUGUAUUCUGAUCAAUAUUGAGUUUUGCUUGUGAAUUCCUCAGUCGUCAUAGGAGGCUGUUAACUCUUGUUUCUGCGGAUUCAAACUCUGGUUAUUUUUUUUUUCCAUGGGAAUUCUAUUUUAUUCUCUCUGAUCUGAUUUUAUGAUAUUCUUCAGGUGGUAACUCUUUGGUAUCGAGCACCAGAGAUUCUCCUGGGCUGUAAGUUUUACUCCACAGCUGUCGACAUCUGGAGCCUGGGGUGCAUCUUUGCUGAAAUGGUAUUUACCUGUUUCAAUACCUCUCUCUGUGAAUACAUAAAACCUUUCAGUGAUGCACUAUGGUUUGAUAGUGAACAUCCAACAAGCAGACUGACCUCAUUCUCGACUGUUAUGCAGAUCACCAGACGAGCCUUGUUCCCCGGCGACUCAGAGAUCGAUCAGCUGUUCCGAAUCUUCCGCACCCUGGGUACACCAGAUGAGAACGUCUGGCCAGGAGUCACAUCGAUGCCUGAUUACAAACCCUCCUUCCCAAAGUGGGCUCUGCAGGAUUUAUCCAAAGUGGUGCCUCUCCUUGACGAGGACGGCAGGGAACUGCUGGGGGUGAGAGCAGCCUUACUUCAUCUUUUUCUGCUUUUAUUAUCUCCAGUCAGGAAAAGGAUUAGUGAUUCAUGUCACUUUGAUACUUUGAGACUUUUUACCCCGUCGUUCUGAUGUCUUAUACAUUUUUGCAAAUAGAGUAGGGACAUUUAGAAAUAAACUGCAUGUGUAGUGACUGUGCUGACCUGAAUUUUAGUCACUGUCAGGGUGCAGGAGUGAGGGGUUUUUGACGCGCUUCUAAUACAAUCCAACAUCCAAUCCAAGGUUGUUGUUAAGUUUUUGCUAUUUAUUGAUCAAAUAAAAAAAAAAAAGACAGAUACGUCCAACUUACGACGAUGUUCGAGAUGAGCGGUAAAAACCGUGUGCUCUUCCCAUUCCCCACAUCACUGCUUCACCUGUGCCCCUUUGUAGCAUUUACCUGCCCGUUCACCUGAAGUGCCCUUUGUGGUGAUUGUGCGAGUAACAAAACAAAACCCAAACAAUAGUAUAGAUAAAAUGGCUCAUACAGCACGUCUAAAACUUGAAAUUCAACAGAACUGACAGGUUGUGAGAAAUUUGCGCAUUACAAGCCUGGGAAAUAACUGAGGUGUCUGUCAUGAGAGAAUCCAUUUCAAAACUGUAUAAACGAGGUUAUUCUUGAUUAAUUCUUUUUUUGUGAAGCGAUCUGAUUUCAUAAUUAUUUUUUGAAUAGCUCUUUCAGGUUGAUUGAAAAUUAUUACAUUUUUAAAGUCACAUUGCUCAACUCUAUCCCUCCUUUCUCCCUUUGUCCUCGCAGGAAAUGUUGAUGUAUGAUCCAAACAAAAGGUUAUCCGCCAAAAACGCCCUUGUGCAUCGAUUCUUCCGAGAUGUCACCAUGCCUGUUCCUCAUCUGAGACUCUGAGUCGACGAUUUCACCAGCAUCAGCGUUAAAGCAAUAAGGACCUCCUUGCCUUAUGUUGUGCCCUGUCCUGAAAGGGACUAAAGAAUUUGGACACUACUGGAUGUCUGAUCCUGUGAAUAUUUGUUGAUACCUAAAACCAGCAUUGUAAACCAUCAGAGUUUUGGUGUUCUUCUCAGCUUAUUACAGAUCCAAAUGUUCAACUUUAAUUUCUAAUAUUAAUUUUUGUAUAUUUAUGUUUCAGUGCUAUUAGUAAAGUUUAAUUGGAAUCGUCCUCUGGCUGAAUGCAAAUCAGAAAGAGACUUUUAGUUUAGUUUUAGGUCCUUAAAUUCUCCAGUUUAAAGGUUGGUGGCUUUGAGAUGUCCAAACUUAAUAGUUAAGUAGUUCAGGUUGAUAUGAUUGAAGAAGUUUUUGGGGUAGUGCAAAUCAGUAGUGCCAUGCUGUAAGACUUUUCAGCAGCUGCAGAAGAAGAGUGUGUGUGACCUCUCAGUACAACCUGUUGCACAACAACCUUUGUCAGCUGAUAUGAAAACGUUUGUGCAGAACAUCAGAUUAAAGUCGUGUUUCUUUCCUUCCAGAGUGAAAUUUCUAAUUGAAGUCGUUUUAAAACAGCACCUUUGUUUAUCAUAAUUUUUUUAAAUUCUUUCAGGUUUUCUGUCAGUCACACAGCAAACUGAAGUUUUCAAACUUGUAUAUAGUUAUUUACCAAUGUUCUCUGUUGUAAUUCAGGUUUUGAAGAAUUUAAUGUGCUUUUGCUUCUCUCUAAAUCCAGAUUUUAUUCAAAUCUAAUGAACCGUUUUUAUUGUUGUUUUACAGUUUGGAAAAAUAAACUUUGUCAAAAUUA